CGCUGUCUCUGACUCUGACUCUGUCCCUGUCCUCGGGUGUUUCUCUGGACUGGUAUUGUCUCAAGUCUUCUUCAACGUGCCUGUGGUGACAGUUUCGCUCUGCAGGAACUCCCUGGCCGUGUUGUGAUAGCCGGUCUGUGUGGUGUGAUUCCCAAUGUUUCAAUGAAUGCUUUGGUUUCUCUAACUGUCCCUGAUCCAGUCGCAUGGAGGCCGAUCAUACCAAACUCCAUUCAAAUAGCUGUAAUGUUGGGGUCUCCUAUUAUCCACACACUGAUCACAUGAACCAGGGAUGUCUCGUCCCGCUCCGUCCCCCAUCUACACCCUGAGGGGGUCUGGUGGGCCACUCAACACCCUGCACUUUAGCUGCCUUGGAGGGGACACUCCCCUUUUAUUUUCUGGGUCAGGGAGUGGUGCCAUCCAUAUCUGGAACCUGAACAGCAGGAGGGCUGAGAAGAUUGUAGAAGGUCAUUCUGGUAGCUCGGUCAUUUGGGUCAACUCUCUGCAGUCGAAAGAUGCCCUCAUCAGUCAGGGACGGGACAUGCAGGUGUGUUUGUGGGACCUGAGAGAAGGUCGUAGUGAGCCUGUAGACUCCGUGUGGACCAGCAGCGUUGGAUUCUGUCAGUGCUCCCUGCUGGACUCGAGCCCUGGAAACUACCUGCUGGCGUUUGCUGGAGAACAGACAGAAGAGAUAAAGAUUAUUGAGCUGCCCAGUAAGACUCCAGUCUGCACCCUGGUCCCAGACACUAAGCUGGGAAUGGUCAUGUGUAUCAAACUGUGGCAGCCAGACUCGGGUCCCGGACCUCUCCUGUUGGCUGGAUACGAGGACGGCUCCCUGUUGCUGUGGGACGUAACCCAGAGGUCCAAGCUGAGUCAAGCCAAAGCCCACCCUGAACCCGUCAUGUGCCUGACCUUUGACACCAAGCGUCUGAGAGGCAUAUCAGGCUCCUCUGAGAAGAAGCUCACUCCCUGGAUGCUGGACGGACAGAACAACCUGCAGCUCCAGGACUGUGUGACGCUGGUCAACCCUGGGGUUUCCGACCUGUGUAUCAGGGACGACGGUAAGCUUCUGGCAUCGGCGGGCUGGGAUCACCGGGUGCGGGUCUUUGGCUGGAAGAAGCUGCGGCCACUGGCAGUGCUUCAGUACCACACUGACAUGGUGUUGAGCGUGGCCUUCUCAAACCACCAGGACCCCAGACAGAGGCUGCUGGCUGCUGGAUCCAAGGACCAGAGGAUCAGCCUGUGGUCAAUAUACAACGAAGGAGCUGACAACGGCUGAACCUCUGACUCCUGGGAGGACACACAGACUUUGACUCAAGCCUUCUUAUCUGUCAUCUGCAAUGAUGCAAUGUGAUGCAACGGCUGCUCCAUAUUUCUGACAUUCUUGUAGACAAAACUCUGUCUGCUUCAUGGUGAAAACCUGUUUCCCAACUUGCACCACAAAGAGGACUAUGUUUUGUUUUUUUUUAUGUUUUUUACCCUCAUGGAUAUAAAAGGAGUGGAUACAGUUCAAUGCAACAUUUAAUACUGCUUUAUAUUAUUAAAUCUGAACAUUAAGUUAGGAUGUAUGGUAGAUCUAUAUCAUACUGCGUUAGAUUUUUCCAAGGGCAUCUAAUAAACUGAGUAUUAGUCUCUGGCAGUAACAUUUUGGGGUUUCUGGUGUUGACAGUAGAUCUUUGGUCCAAGACUGUUCUGCUGUACACUGUUUACAGUCUGAUGAGUCCACAGGAGUUGAACAAUUCUCCACGCCAAACCAAAACAAAUAACUUUUUGUAGAUGUUUUAAGUCCAGGCGACCUUUUGGCAAAUCUCAAUUAACAGCUACCUGCAUAUGAAAGCAGAUUAUUCAAAAAGCUGAUGCAUUUCAGUCGAUGUGUUUCUCCUCUUUUGCUCCCCACACAGACUGUUUACCUGCGAGCAACCAAAGCCUGCUCAAAUGUGAGCGGUCGAACUAGACACAGACCCGAAGGCUUCUGGACUAUAAAUCACCGACAGUUACUUCAUGCUCACAUGCAGAAUCUGUUUGUAGAAAUCAUAUAAACUGGUAACUGAUUUUGAGAGACGCAUUGUGAUUAAGCAGUAAACAUGAAGAUGUAAAAUUGCAGACUGCAUUCUAUAUCAAGGCUGUAUUGUGUCAUAAUCCAGUAUUUUACAUUUAAAUUGAGCCUUUUAGAGCUGCACUUCCAUUGUUUUGCUGAGAAACCCGUUGAAACAGCUGCUGUCUCGUCAAAUAGUGCAAAGUUGUUCAGCCCACUAUUUUCUAAAGGCUGAUGCGAUGCCCUGUGCAGCUAAAGUGAUUGUGUUGACUUAUCUGAUGGGAGAUUUGCUCCAGUGGUCUUGAAUUUGACGUAUACAACGCACCUGAGCGAUGUAAUCCCAUGUUGUUAUUCUAGCAGGUCUUAGCCUAACACACAGGCGCUGCAGCCUGACCUGACCUGUAUUUGUUCAACAAGGUUAAUCACAGCAGGGGGAGAGAAUAGAGGGAUGUUGUUUUAGUAAAGGUGCAGAUCUGCAGUUGGCGUUUCUGUUUAUGAGCUGAUUUAUUUACUUUAUAAAUUUAGACAAAAUCAGAAACAUGUAAUGUCAAAUAGAGAUGUCUUUUUAAGAAACAGGCGUUUGUAGAGAAGGAAGCCAGGAGAAAAUAUAGAGGUGAUGUUUUUCUGUCCACUGUCUCGAAUUAUUUCUCUGUGAUGAGCAGCAUGGGAGCUCAUGUGUUACAACACGGUGCCGGGAGGCCGAGGGGGCCGGGGCUUCAAACGCCCAACGUUCUGCUUCAUAAAGGCUUUGUCUCCUGGGAUAACCCCAAAAUUGAGAAACUCAUCAUGCUGUACAGGAAAAGCCUGAGAAAUCAAAGAGCCGGGGCCCACAUAAUGGCCACGAAUCAUUAGUGAACAGAGGAAAGACAAGGUCAUCUGCUCGACAAGCCGCCUCGCUGUGGUGCAACUGUCAUGGAAAACAGUGAAACUGCAGCUCUGGGUUUUCUUGCUUGUAUUUAGUUUUAAGUUCAAAACCAUUUAUGUUUUGUUGAAAACCUUUUUAUCAUUUAAAAAAUACUUGGACUGAAAACUUUUUUUGCUUACUUUUCUCCUCUCUUAACUGCCUGGUUUUAAUGACAUGUUUUCCUUGUUUCCUCGUCUAUACCUUUUGUGUCUGACCCCUAUGGUGACAUCUCGCCUUCAUAAUAGCUUCCUAACUCUCCUGUUGGCUUUGAACAAACACUAGAGGUGGCGUGGGCCAGCUUCCGUCCAUUCUCUGAUAAAUCAAAUACUAUGUCCAUUGGUGCAGAUGUCUGCUGAAUGGAGCAGACAGCCACCCACCGGCCUUAGAAGUGGCUGGUGGACGUCAUAAAUCACUUCAUAAUGGAUCAUUAAGGAAGUCAAUAAAUGGACAGGGAAGCUGUCAGCACAACGGGCCCUGUGCUUCACUUAUCAACAAAUGUGUGUCUUCCUUG